AUGGAGGUCGAUUUCUUUCCUGUAUACUGCUCUGUAUGCGACAAACAGCUUUCCGACUCUAGCUCAGGGCUCUAUUGUUCGCGACAGUGCGAACAAGCCGACUCGUCUCCGCGACUAAGUCGCAAAAAUUCCGCCGGCCUCACAACCAUCUCUGCCACACUUCAUUACCCCUCAGUGCUAAGCUGCAACAAACCAAACUGCCAAUGUGGCGCGAACGAUGCGCCCCUUGUGCCUGAACUGGGCCUCUCCCCUAGCGACGACGAGAUGAGUGACUACUCCCUGCCGCCUAGUCCCGAGAUUUACCCUGCCAAUGACUCCACCACGCAAAAGCCACUGCCCACAGUCGAGUAUUUUUCUCUUUCUUCAAGCCCUCUGAAUCAAACCACCCAUUUUAGCUUGUAA